AUGAAUGUGAUAUUCCCUCCUUUAAGUAAUGUAGAUGAUUCAUUAUCUCCAGUAUUCUCAAUUAUAUCUUUUCACGGUCUCAAUAUUCUCUGCGAUUGCCCAUUACUUACUAAAAAUUAUCUCAAAGAGCAUUAUGGUGAUAUAUUAGACAAGUUAAUUACAAAUAUUAAAGAAUUUAAUGAAUUAGGUGAUUACUAUGUAUUUCCGGCAACAAUUUUACUCGGAUUAGGUGACAAUAGAAACGAAAAUAUUCCUAUUGAUCUGAUUUUAAUAACACACCCUGAUGGCUUAAUGGGUAUCCCCUUCCAUCUUCAUUACAACCAAUUACAUAGAGAUUAUAAUUUGAAACAUAAUGAUUGUGAAAAAGAAGCUAACUUAGAAAGUUUAAAACAAGAUUUACCUGAGUGUAUUUUAUCUUUACUAUCAUAUUUAUCUUGUAUUGACAUAUCCAAUGCACUAUUAGCUGUAACGCCUCCAGUUUUCCAGUCUGCAACUGUUGCUUUACAACAAUUAAUCCAGUAUAGUGAAACUAUACAAAGCAAUAUUUCAAAUCCAUUUAUUUGGUUAAGGACAAGUGACAUAUUUAAUCUUUUUACUUCGUUAAAUAAGUUGAGAAAAGAAGGUACAGUGGAGUGCCCAUAUAAAUUGGACAAAAGCUCUACAUACUUAAGGCAUCAAGUUAUUGCCAAUUUGCCAGAAAGUGGCCCUGAAUAUUUUUAUAAUCAGUCUAUUGUAAGCAAUACCUCGGAAAGAAACAACUUUACAGGCUCUGCAGAUUCAAAUAUGAGAGGAAGUACAACAGGAUUAGGUGCAGCUGUUGGAGCUGCUACGCACAUAUUUGACGGAAAUACUCUUUAUAAUUAUCCAGCUACAAUCGGUGGACAUAACUGCACUUCAAGUACUUCUAAUCCUCCCUUGAUUGGUCCCUUUUCAGGUGAGGAAAUUUCUGGAUAUGCAAGAGGCAUCAUAGAAAGUGAAUUAUAUCAACAUAUUUCAGAAGAAAAUGAUAUAACAAAUCAACGGUAUAUUUCUAAUUCUAUAUUUACUGAGAAUUCCAGAUUUAGUAUCAAGCUGUUGCAUAUUGGGCAGAGGGAGAAAAUCUGCAAGAAUCUUACAACAUUUAUACUAUACCCACUAGAUAGUGGAUAUUGUUUAGGAGGUGUUGGUUAUUGUCUAGCUACGAAUAAUAGGUCUCCUGAAGAUUCAUUAAAAGAUGAAAAAAUUGUGAUCUUUGGUCAGGUUUCAACAGAAGUCGAUAGAUAUCCUUCUCCACUAAACCUUAAUGACAUAUAUGAAGCCUCAAAUGUUGUAUUUUAUGGGAGUAUGAUCUCUAUAAAACAAGCAGAGUAUAUUCAUAAGAUUGUGGAAUCUACAAAUAUUGUACAAUUAUCUAAUUUAUCAUAUUACUUAACAGAAAUAAAGAUUAUUCUUAAUUAUAUAAAACAUACAUUAUAUAGAAGUGGCUCAAUCUUAAUACCUACAGAUUUAUAUGGACAAUACUGUAUGGAGUUAAUUGAAUAUAUUGGACAAUAUGUAUCUGAACUACCUAUUCAAUAUCAAGUUCCUAUAUACAUAGUGGGUGGUGGUAUCUCGACGAUAUUAUCAAAUGCUGAUGUAUCUUCUGAAUGGACAUGCUCUAAUAAAAGCCGUAAGUCUAUGUUACCCAAUCCAAUAUCCCCAUUUCUGUUUUCACAAUUGAAGUCAUCAAAUAGACUUUAUACAUUUCAUACAAUCGAAGAGUUAUCUAUUGUAUACCGAGAACCAGCUAUAUUUUUUGCAUCUUCAAGUGAUCUUAGUUUUGGUCCGUGGAUAAGAAUAUUAAAUCAGCUAUACUCUGAUCCUAAAAAUACAUUAUUAACUAUUGAUCCUUGCACAGAUAUCUCAUAUUUGACUAUGAAGUAUAAUUUGAACAAUGACAAAAUUGACCAUAUUGAAUUAGUUUACUUUCCACUAAUAUUGUUUCCGACUCUAAACAGUUUGAUGACUGAAAUUUUCAAUAACCACAAUUCAAAAAAUCCGAAAUUUAAGGUUUUAAUUCCAUUAAAUAAAAAUAAUCACUCAGAAGACUCAGAUGUAAUAAAUUUCCCUAUAGAAUACAAAACUAAAAUUCUAGAAGUCCCUAGACAAAUUCAGACUUUAACUAGGAGAAGUAAUGAUGAAAAUGGAGUGAAGUACAAUUGGUUUCCAGCUUCUUUAUCUUUCAAUGCUAAAAAUAAAUCUUUUCUCAAGUCAAUAUCACAGGGAGUUUAUGUAGGCAGAACUAAUGCUAUAAUUAAUUGUAAUGAGGGUAACAUUUCAAUUGAGGAGUUUGAUCAAGAUCAAAAUACUGCUACUCAAAACACAAAUAACAAUGUACCUAAAGAGAAAAUUCUAAUGGGUUACACAACUGUAUAUUCUAUUCUUUCCGCACUGAGAAAACAUGAUAUUAAUGAUGCUGUGAUACUUAAGUAUAUAGACAAUACUGACAACUCAUUGAAUGAUAGAAAAAAUCUAUCUACCAUUUUUAUACCUUCACUAUCUUGUACAAUUACCCUUACAAGUUCAUGUGUAUGCAAUAUAUCUACAACAAAGUCAACUUCAAGGAGCAUAGUAUCUGGUAUAAUGAAAUCUUUAGUUUCUAAAAUCUAA